GCAUAAUCAUAAUUUGGAAAAAAGAUCUCACACAGUGUUUGACAUAUACCGGAUUAUAUUACCACAGAAAAAAUGACAGAAGCUUCAGGCGUGUCUGCUGAAGCUCUCAAGGUUAAGAUCACAGAUUCAUUAAAUGCAAGUCAUGUCGAAAUUGAGGAUAUGUCAGGAGGUUGUGGGCAGGCAUUCUCUGCCGUGAUUGUUUCGCCGCAGUUCGAGAAGAAGACUACAUUAGCAAGACAUAGAUUGGUGAAUGGAGCGCUGAAGACGGAGAUUGCGGCCAUCCAUGCCUGGACUCCCAAGUGUUACACGCCGGAACAAUGGGAGAAGCAGAAAGAGGAUGGCAAGGAGGCGGUUGCGCCAGGAAAGAACACUACUGGGGAGGUUGUGGAUGGGACAUCUGCUUGAGAGGGAGAGGGAAUCGGAGUUCUGGCGCAGAAUGGACCUAUACUCCAGCUUCCGGGGUAGUUACAGCAACCGGACGGCGAGAGGAACGGGGACUACGGAGACAAUGGAGCACGGGGAAGAAGAGCUAUGAUAUACCAAGGAGUCACUGGGAAAGAGAAAAUCUGUUUGUGAUUGAGCCCUUAUGUGAUGGGCCAUGUGGGUAGUAUUUCAUCUUGGCACUGGAGUGGUAGAGCAAAAGGGGGCACUGUGUUUGUGAUCACGAUGCUUCUCUACACCCCGGCCCCGUGGAGAUCAGGAACAGUGUCUUCCAAAGCUGGUGUGUUGGACUCAUGUGGCGCUGAUUUCUUCAGUCACAUAUUCCAGAGUCCUGCACGCUCAUUCAUACGAGGCCCAGACAAAUUAUUCAAGCUUUUAGAAAGCCAAUAUAAUGACA